ACACCCCCUUCCCGGGGGGCUGAGCCUUGCCCCCACUUCUGGAUUGGGGCCAGGCCACUGCCCGCCACCUUGGGGCCUGGCCCUGCCCCCAGCCGAGCCACGCCUGGGUCAAGCUCCCGGCCUCUGGCGCGGCCCCCUGCGUGGCUGGGUGGUGUUGGCUGUGCCAGCCCAGCACUGCCUGGAUCCGGCCUGCAGAUGGACCAGGCACUGCCAAGCCAGCCCACCGGGCAAAAAGUUUUAGGCCUUGGGAGGCUUAUUCUGUGUGUUCCCCCUGCCACCAUCUUCUCUUCUGUCAAACCAGAGGACACCUGGUUCCUACAGCCUUUUCUCCUCCCUUGUCAUUUUUGCCGCUCUCCUUCGGCUUUCUCUGAAGAAGAGCCAGGCGAUCAGUCGGGAACAGCCAGAAUGGGUUGAUUCCCACGUAUAAGACGACGGACUCUGUGGAUGGGAGGAAGAGCAGUGAAUGCAAUGUAAUUUAGUUGUAGCAAGGCUUUUGACCGUCUCUGGUGACAUUCUCAAUAAGCAAAGGAAACAAAGACUAGAUGAGAGUACUGUACGGUGGAUGCAUAGGUUGAGUCGCCAUGCUCUCACUUGCUCACUUGCAAACAUAGCACCCAUACUUAAGAAAAAAGAGGAUCCAGGGAACUACAGACCAGUCAGCUUCACCUCAGUCUGUGGAAAAAUCAUGGAGCAGAUCGUUAAGGAAUCCAAUUCUAGGAACUUGGAAGAGAAGAAGGUGAUUAGGAACAAUCAGCAUGGAUUCACCAAGGGUUUUUCCAGGCAGGCCAGCCACUUAGGAACGUUCCUGGCUGUGCCGGUUCCAGACAGUCUUCAAGCAGCCCCCACCGUGCAAUGACGUCGUCUGGCCGUGCCAUGUGCUAUGUGUCCAUCUCAGGUGAGUGGAAUCAAAACCCUCUAUGAGUCUGAGCUGGCUGAUGCCCGAAGAGUUCUGGAUGAGACAGCCAGAGAAAGGGCUAAACUACAGAUUGAAAUAGGAAAGCUAAGAGCGGAACUUGAUGAGGUCAACAAGAACCACAAAAAGAAAGAAGCGGAAUUGUCUGUUGCCCAAGGUCGUGUUAAGGAUCUUGAAGCUCUGUUUCACAGGACUGAAGCAGAACUCAAUACUGCUCUAAAUGAGAAGCGUAAUCUAGAAGCAGAAAUUGCUGACUUGCGGGCCCAGCUUUCUAAGGCGGAAGAUGGCCAUGCUGUGGCUAAGAAGCAAUUGGAGAAGGAAACACUGAUGCGGGUAGACUUGGAGAAUCGUUGCCAGAGUCUACAAGAGGACCUAGAUUUCAGGAAGAAUGUAUUUGAGGAGGAGGUGAGAGAGACAAGAAAGCGGCAUGAGCACCGUUUGGUUGAGGUAGACUCUAGUCGUCAACGAGAGUAUGAAUCCAAAAUGGCUCAAGCCCUGGAGGAUCUGCGCAAUCAACAUGAUGAACAGGUCAAAUUGUACAAAAUGGAGCUGGAGCAAACCUAUCAGGCUAAGCUGGAAAAUGCCAAAAUCUCCUCUGAUCAAAAUGAUAAAGCUGCCGGUGCUGCCCGAGAGGAGCUUAAGGAGGCUCGCAUGAGGAUAGAGUCUCUCAGCUACCAGCUUUCUGGCCUGCAAAAACAGGCUAGUACUGCAGAAGAUCGUAUUCGGGAAUUGGAGGAAAUGAUGGCUGGUGAGCGGGACAAAUUCAGGAAGAUGCUAGAUGCCAGGGAGAGGGAGAUGACAGAAAUGAGGGACCAGAUGCAGCAACAGCUUGCAGAAUAUCAGGAGCUACUUGAUGUCAAACUAGCACUGGACAUGGAAAUCAGUGCUUACCGAAAACUUCUGGAAGGAGAGGAGAAAAGGUUGAAGCUGUCUCCAAGCCCAUCCUCCCGUGUUACAGUUUCUCGGGCUACUUCCAGCAGCAGCAGCGCUUCAGUUGUUCGGUCUUCUAGAGGCAAGAGAAAACGGAUUGAAGCAGAGGAGCUUUCAGGCAGCGGUACAAGUGGAAUUGGAACUGGGAGUAGUGCUGGUAGCAGCAGCAGUAGCAGCAGUAGUUUCCAAACAUCCCAGCAGGCCUCAUCCACAGGAAGCAUCAGCAUAGAAGAGAUAGACCUGGAGGGGAAAUAUGUUCAACUUAAAAAUAAUUCUGAGAAGGAUCAGUCUCUGGGUAACUGGAGACUGAAAAGGCAAAUAGGAGAAGGAGAAGAAAUUGCCUACAAAUUUACUCCAAAGUAUAUCCUCCGGGCUGGGCAGACAGUUACAAUCUGGGCUGCAGAUGCAGGUGUGGCUCAUAGCCCUCCUUCUGUCCUUGUGUGGAAAAAUCAGAGCAGCUGGGGCACUGGAGGAAACAUCCGUACAUACCUAGUAAACUCUGACGGAGAGGAGGUUGCAGUAAGAAGCGUCACAAAAUCAGUAGUGACACGUGUGAAUGAGGAGGAGGAGGAGGAUGAAGCAGAGUUUGGAGAGGAAGAUCUUUUUCACCAACAGGGAGAUCCCAGGACCACGUCAAGAGGAUGUUCAAUGAUGUGAAAAACCAUUAUUAUUUUCUAUUAUUCUCCUUUCUUUCCUUCGUGUUUUUGCUAUUUUCUUUUCCUCCAGAGCCACUGAAAACUAUUUUUAUAUGCAUCAUCUGAUUUAUUUAAAAUUCUACUCCUUGGUACAUUUUAUAGAAAAAUUUUAAUGAAAAACUGCCAGAAUUUUUAAUCAAUUUCUUUUUCCCUCUUUGAAACUGCUAUUGGAAUAUAGUUCUUCCCCUCCCCAUACUACGUCUUUUAAGUCUUAUGUACAGAUCUGCAGCAGAAAGAAUUUUAAAUUAAAAUGGGACAGAAUUCAUUGAGUGCAUGGUAAAUAUAUCAUUAUUUAACAAAUGCUUUUUUUGUUUUCCAGUGAAGUUUAGGGAAAUAUGAACAUAUGUCCCAAAGAAUACCCAAAGUGGGUACUUCCUUCAGCACUGUAGUUAUUUAAGAAAUCAUAAGGCCCUUUUAGUAACUAGAAUUUUAUGUAUGUGAGGAAAAUAACACAAAAUGUAUCACAGAUAUUACUUCAGCUGUAGAAGCAACACCAGAGACUGGAUUUGUAGAUGGGGCUUAACUCGGGACCAUGGCAUCUAGCCCCACUGCAAAGAGAACUAGACCAUGUGCUGGUAAAAAACAAUGGAACCAUGUCAACACUGUAGUGGUGGAGACUAAUGAAUUCCAGUUAUUCUAGGGCAGGUACAGUCUUAAUGUAAUGAAGAAGUUAAAGGAAAGAGCUCUAACUUUUUUAAAGGGGAUUUGGACUUUCAGUCACAGUGAGACCCUGAUAAAUAGUGAAUGCAGGUCUGAGCCUGAUGCACAGUAGCUGUGAUGCACAUCAUGAUUUGAAUGUUUCACAUUAAACAGAAUUAUUUUUAGUUGUUUUUGGAUAAUGAUAUUUUUGGCUAUGAGAAAUAUUUGGAUAUUUAUAAGCUAUCAUGUAUAAAUAGUAACCUUUUAAAUAACUGCUACAUGAAGCUUAUUCAUACUUCUGUCGUAGAUAAAGGGACAUUGUCAUAUUUGCUGGGCAUAGUAUUUCGAAAAUGGCAAAUGUUCUAUGAUUUUUUAAAAAUUAAUUAAACAAUUUUUGGGUUGCAUAUCAACAUUAUUUUGCAGUAUUUCCAACAGAAAUGUAUCUAGCCUGAGGAAUGUCCUAACCCCCCCCCCCCCAACUGGUUGAUAAUAUAAUAAUUGUUUAAAAGAACAAUAUUACUUGUAUUUUAAUUUUUUUUUUGUAUCUAGCCACAUUCCUCUAAUUUUAGGUUUCUCUCCUGUGUUUUCACCAGAGGUAACUCUUGACCAGCGGAAGCACUGGGUAGUGUACCCUCUACACUAAGAAAUAUACAUGACUUGCUUUAAAGAAUGUACUGACUACAUUAUAAAUGGACAUUUUUUCAAGUUGGUCAUUUGGGUACCAUUUGCUAGAAUAAAACUCUUGUAUUGCCUGCACUCUUGAACUCUGAUCUUGCCAUUCAACUGGUUUACAUUCAAAAUGCAAGUUAGAAUAUUUAGGUAUUUUGGUGGCUUUUGGACAUUAUGUUCUCUGCACAGUACUUAGACUGACAGACAUAACCUAGGAGGUCAGUGUAGAGGUUUUAAAUGAUGACUUUGCUGCAGUGCAAGCAGAGUGGGAGAGAGGGAUUUUUAAAUUUAUAAAUUUCACAUUGUCAUUUUAAAAACAAAGGUGCUGACUUUCUGCUAUUCUCAAAAUGGUCACCUUGAUAAAGUGAUUUAAUUAUCAUGGUUUGAAUACUAAUAAAAGUAUUUGAAUUGCUGUCUUAAAAUAGGAUUACUAAUAAUGAAUUUUCAUAAUGUAAGAAAAAAAUUAAUGUUUAGGGUAAUAAUGCCUUUGUCCAUGAAUUUGGUUAUUUUUCUUAAAUAUUCCCACUCUGCUUGAGUAGAUGACUGAAUUCAUAGUAAUCAUGCCUAUCUGUAAAAUUAUAUAGUUGUUGAAACUUUCUCAGUUGGUUCUAUACCAUUAUCAAUAAAUGUUUUAAUGUGUUUGUAUACAAAUGAAUGCAAUCAAAAUGAAAGUGUUUUGACAAUGCACCUUCCAGUCACUGGAUUCUCAUUUCCCUUUCUAGCUUACAGUUUCUGUGACUUUUAUGUAAAUGUUACAUUUUUUCGAUUUGUUUAUAUUGGUCAGUUAUCAGGUUGCUUGUUCUGUUUUGUCAGACUAUUCUAAACUCCAUGUAGCUUGGAAUACUAAAAGUAUAUAUGCCGAGUUCGCUGAAAAAAAUGUACUCGCCUCUAUUCCUUGUAAAGGAAUGUAGCUAGAAAAAAGCUUAAAUUGGAAAAGGUCUUGCACAAUCUGGGCCAUGGUUUUCCCAGUAGCUACACUGUAUAGUAAUUGUGUCUUGUUUCUUGUGGUUUGCUUUUGGGCCAAAUGCUUGUAAACCUGGAAUGGUGAGCACUACCCUGUAGUAGGUGUAUGCAGAAUAAGCAUGUCCCAUAUGUUGUACCAUAUGUAUGUUAUCUGGAUACAUGGAUACACGGGUACUACAGUGAUGAGCAUAGUGGAAGAAGCUGAAUCGAAUCAGCUAACCUAAAAAAGUAUCUGCUCAGGUGACCUAAUCACUACAAUGUUUUUGGAAGGCUACUUAAAAUGUAAGUAGUAGUUCUUGAUAGUAGCUUGCAAGACACAGUAAAAUGACUAUUCUAAUUCUUGUUUGCCGUAAUGUAGGUAUCUCUUCAGUACAUACCACCUUUCCCAUUUCUAGAGAGAGGAAGCCAUGUUAAUCUUGAAUUCAGGCAGAAGGCAGGGCAGAGUUAUAGACUAACUAGCUAGUUUGUAAGGUCACAUCUCUGCCCUGCCUUCUGCCUUUCCCAUUUGUUUGACUUGCUGAGCAUUCAGUCUGAUAUGUUUAUCAGCUUAAAAUAGGCAUUCCAUACUGGGACCGUCUUCCAUUAUACUAAAUCAAGAGCAGCACUGUUUGUGUUUCUUUUCAUGGUUCCUUUUACCAUUCCAAGAUUAAACUUAUUUUUUUCUUUCAAAAUUUAACAAUCCUGGGGCUUUCUCUCCUGUUAGAUCCUGCAGGUGAGCCAUUCUUGGUAGGUGUGGCAGAUCAUCAGUAUUUCUGCAGCAAUAGCUGAUGUCAAGCAGAAACUGAAGAAGUCAGAACUGGUUUGAGGAGGAAUGAUUUUAGGACUUGUCUGUUCAUUAAGUUUAAUUGGGAUAACUAUAGCAGAAUAAGUAUUUUUAGUAUAACUCCCUAUGUAGACAUUCUGUUUUAGAUUAAAAGUAACUUUUUCCCCAGAAUAAUUACUACCAGUGACUUUUACUCCUGUGUUAACACAGAGUUAUACCAACAUAGCUGUAACAGAAUAAUUAUGCCAUUCAGUUUCCCAGAGCAGACUAGCUCUUAUUCACUGAUAGCAAAGGGAAGGGCAACAGAGGAGCAUGAAAAGUCUAAUCAGGGAGUUCAUGUAUGGUGACAUACAAGGAUAAAAUGCAACUAUACAGCUUCUCUGUCCCUCCAUACCUCUCCCUCCCCUGUCCUCUUGCUGUGCGCACUGCUUCGGUCAUAUUGGCUGCAGUAGCCUCUAAGAAUGUCUAAUUCCUUCUCAUUCCUGCAUAUUUGUCCAGUUUGACUAUUGGGUUGUCAAGGGACUCUGGAUUUGCUUCUAUAAGCAUAAAAGAGUUUAUAACAAAUUAUAGGUCACCUUGGGUUGCUUAGCCAUCAAAAUGUGCAGUCACUGUAGGAGCCAAAAAAAAAAUCUCAGGAAAAAAUGCCUUCUAAGAGCCAGGACUAUAAAUGCCAGGUUAGUUUGUUGUGUAUAGUUAGCAUUGAGAUUACAAUGUGAAGUGCACAGUACUGUGAAGGGGAAAUUUAAUUCCGUGUAUGAUUCAGAAUCGUAGAAAAUUUAGGGUUGGAAGGGACCUCAGGAGGUCAUCUAGUCCAGCCCCCUGCUCAAAGCAGGACCAUCCCCAUCUAGAUCAUCCCAGCCAAAGCUUUGUCUAGGUGGGUCUUGAAA